GCGUGUCCGCUCAAAUACAUGGAACCAAAUUCCAAGGUUACCCUUUUUCCUUUUCGUCUUUAUUUUCUUCUCGAGUAACAUAUCAUGGCCCUGGUGUGUGCGAGGGCUGUUGUUUGGUUGCCGAGAAACAGCUAGAAAAUCUGAUACAAACCCGGCACAGUUACGAGGUAGAGAAAAGAAAGAGAGAAUUUUGUUGAGAACCCAUUGCGAAGAGAUUCCAUCUUCUUCUUUUUUUUAAUUUAAUAGUAUACUCCAAGAGAAGAUUUUCAUCUUUCUUGCUUCUUGGCGUUUCUUGUUUUGUCGGCGGAGUUCAUUGGCAACAGAACAGAACCCAGAAGCCGAUCAAAUCCCAGAAUUCCCAUGUCUUUUUCUCUCUGUCUGAUCACUUUGCUACUUCAGAAAUAGUAAGAAUCAGACGUUAUCUUCCCUCUGAAUCAAACCCGGAAAUUGAUUCGGGGAUGGGCCGAGAACUUCCGUGGUUAUGCCACUUCGAAUCCCGACGAUUUCUAUGGCUUAUGGGACUAACAUUCGCUUUGAUCGUCACGUUUCAGUACCUCGAGCUCCCCUAUGGUAUAUCCUCUCUGUUCUCUUCCAGCAAGAUCCCGGCUUCAUCACAAACCGAUCCUUCCUCCUCUAAAUCUGCUGAUAACAGCAAUGGCAGACAUUCCGGGGAUAAUCUUGGACCGGUUAGAGGCGUCGAGAGCUAUAAUGGGUAUAACGAGACCGAGAAAACGGGAGACUCGGGUAUCGGUAACACGACUCUGGCUAUGGCUCCAAGUUUCCGACAGAAGAAUGAUACUUCGGGGAAUGAAUCCGGAUCCACGGAUGAUGAAUUGGGCGAAGAAGAAGAGGUUGAUCAGAUACUAGACAAAAACGGGGAAUCGAACUCUAGUUCCCGAGCUAUGCCUCCUACUAGUUCAAAAUCCCCUGCUGCAUUUACGGGUUUAAACCCAUAUCCGGGAAAGGAGAACGCGUCAGCGCCGGCUAGCACGAGUUCCCCCGAGGUGAUCAAUGGUUUAAACCCAUCUCAGGGGAGGGAAAAUGCAUCAGCCCCUAGCGUUCGAGAGGAUGGAAACGAUAAAAGGAACUUGACUAGACCUUAUACCGAUGCUUCUCCAGUGAAAUCUGUUCCCGACUUUACGGAGAACACAGAACUGCCAGUUUCGGGAGUCAUCUCGAUAUCUGAAAUGAGCGAACGGUUGCGUAAAAACCAAGCUUCCCAUCCAUCUAAGAGACCGAAGUGGCCUUCUGAACCCGACCGAGAGCUUUUACGCUCGAAAAUUGAGAUCAAGAACGCACCGAUUGACGAAAAGGACCCUCUUCUGUAUGCUCCUCUUUACCGGAAUGUUUCCAUGUUCAAACGGAGCUACGAGCUGAUGGAGAAGAUGUUGAAGGUGUAUGUUUACAAGGAAGGACAGAGACCGAUAAUGCAUACGCCCGUGCUAAGGGGAAUUUACGCAUCCGAAGGAUGGUUUAUGAAACUUCUCGAGUCGAACAGGAACUUUGUGACGAAAGACGCCCGGAAAGCUCAUCUUUUCUACUUGCCCUUCAGUUCCCGGAUGCUGGAGGAGACCCUUUACGUGAAAGACUCGCACAGUCAUCGGAAUCUGGUUCAGUUUCUGAAAGAUUAUAUCGACUUUAUCGCCGGAAAGUACCCUUUCUGGAAUAGAACUUCCGGUUCCGACCAUUUCCUCGUCGCUUGCCAUGACUGGGCUCCGACCGAAACAAGGAAGUACAUGGCGAACUGUAUAAGGGCUAUGUGCAACUCCGAUGUGAAAGAAGGUUUCGUCUUUGGAAAAGACGCUUCUCUCCCCGAGACGUUCGUGCGAGAUCUCCGCAAGCCUCUCAAGGAUCUCGGGGGGAAACCCGCGUCUCGACGGCCCACCCUCGCCUUCUUCGCCGGAAAACCCGACCACGGGUAUCUACGGCCGAUACUACUGUCCUAUUGGGGAGACAACAAAGAUCCGGACAUGAAAAUCUUCGGGAAACUUCCCCGGUCUAAGGGAAACAAGAACUAUAUCCAGCUCAUGAAGACGAGCAAGUACUGCAUUUGCGCAAAAGGGUAUGAAGUGAACAGCCCGAGGGUAGUAGAAUCCAUUUUCUAUGAAUGCGUGCCCGUGAUCAUAUCCGAUAACUUCGUACCGCCUUUCUUCGAGGUUCUGAACUGGGAAUCAUUUGCGGUUUUCGUCCUCGAGAAAGAUAUUCCGAAUCUGAAGAAGAUACUUACUUCCAUCCCCGAAAAGAGGUACAGGCAAAUGCAGAUGAGGGUGAAGAAGGUGCAGAAGCAUUUUCUGUGGCACUCCAAACCUGAGAAGUAUGACAUGUUCCAUAUGAUCCUUCAUUCGGUUUGGUUUAACCGAGUUUUUCAAAUUUCGGUUUAGAAAUUAAUUGGUUUAGCAGUUUGAGUUAACCGUAAGUUGUGGGUUGAGAUUCUUUCCUUCGAUGUAAAUUACCUUCGUUUUGCACCAAAUGCCAGUUGGAGGAAAACCGGUGGUUCCGAAGCCCGGUUUACCGAAACCAGGAGAUA